CAAGAGGAUCCGUUCUCGUUAGUUAUCUAAGCCGGAUCCGGGUCGGACCGUUUGACCCACUAGCCCGUAUAUAAUUUACCGUUAUCGCCAUCUAACCGCCGUUAAUCUCGAAGCCCAGCUACCGUCCGAGCUACUUAUUUGCAUCGUCACUUCGACGGAUUCCCGGCCGAGCCGCCUCCCAUCGGCAUCACCGCGACCACCUCUGUCUUGUAAAUUUUUUAUUUUCAUUUUGUUUUCAGUUUCCCUUGUGCGGAUCAAUCCACACCGGCAGUUAUGGUGGAUUGCGCAUCUUUAGUUAACCACUUCUACGAAUAAAUCUCUCAUUAGGUCAAAUAUCGACUAUCAUUAUACUAAUUGGUGGUGGUGAUAUUAUUAUUGUCACUGUGAAUUAGAAAUUUCAUUUGCACAUGUCAAUCGAUUACACGUUUUGAACUGCGAAUCUGGUUUAUGUUGGUUAUAACUCUUUGUGCUAGUGUGCUGAAAUGAUGUGUAUUGAUAGGAGAAUUUUGAGGGGAAAAGGUUUUAAUGGGACUAACAUCUGAGAGUGAUGCGAAGGAAGCAAUGAAAUUAUGUAUGUUUGAUUUGAGGAGGGGCCAAACGGAAGGGCAGGAGUUGGACAAGAUUCUCUUCUUCUAUCCUGCUGAUUUGCCCAUUACGAAUCAACUCUCGGUUAUUGGCCUCAGCGAAGGAUUGAUUACUUUUACCAGGAUUUUCUCUCCAGAUGCUCCGUGUGAGGUGAUUGAAGCUGAGAAGCAUUGUCAUGUUUUCUAUGAAGUAGAGCCGGAUAUAUGGAUGGUGAUGGUAGUAGAAAAAGAGAAUCCAGAAUCCAUUUGGCGAGUUGAUGCUUUACGGAGUGUUCUUAAAGAAAUCCAUUCUCUUUUUGUGAUGUUUCAUGGGUGUAUUAGGGCACUGGUUGAUAAAGAACCGAGUGGAGGACUUGUUAGAAACCAUUUGUACUAUUUCAUCAUGGACUUUUUAAGUGAUUUUUCCAUCGGGAAGAAACUUCAAUUGCCAAAUUUUCGUGACUCUCUCAAAGAGCAGGGAACGUUGCAGAUGUUAACUGUGGGGCGUGAGGCUGCUAUAGAAGUUCAGUCUCUCGUGACAUUGUUGGAAUCUUGUGUGGGGAGCAGACAAUGCUACUCAAUGACCAUGUUCCAGGAUCUACUUGUCUCCACAAAUCUUUCACCUAUCGACACUCUGAACCUAUUUACUUAUGCUGUCCUAAGGCUAACUCCUAUUGCUCUAUUCCGUGGAGCAAGUGCAUGGUCCUCUUUGCGUAAAACAGACACAGCAUUCAAUACUUAUGCUGGAGCUUUACAAGUUACUUCUAUCUCUGACAUAGACCAAUAUUACAAUUCCUACGAUCCACCCUCUCUAAGAAGGCACAAUUACCCUUUAGUGAGGCCUUUGCAGCAUUCCAAGUGGUCUAAGGGGAAGGAUGGUUUUCUUACCACUGAUAUUUGGGGAACAGAAGUAAAUAGUUUACUGCCUAAGUGCCCAACAAUUUGGCUUCAUCCAACGGAGGAAAAAAUGUUUUUAUUAGCUUAUCAGCAUAGAGGCCUCACUGUUAUACUUCUGGUCCCAGUCUCAUCUGUCAGUGGAGAUCAAGGAAUAUCUAUGCUGAAGCAGCAAAUUAUCGAAAAUGCAUCACUGAAGAUGCUGAAGGUUGAAGAGAAGCUAUCAAGAGGAUGGGGUGGUGAGAAUGCAUAUCAUGUGAGUGGGUAUCGUUAUCUGUUGGUGGAUGGUGAUAGAUAUGUAUCUAGGGCAUCUCCACCUGGAAAAGUAACAACUUUGACAAAGGAAUCAUUAGUUGCACUAAGUAAGCUCCGCGAAGAGGUCGACUUAGAGAAAGCUAGAGCUAAAUGGGAGAACUCAGGUCAUGAAAAGGAUAUAGAGAUAUGCAUUAGAGCCAAAAAUAAUUCUUGGCUCAUUGCCCGGCUCGUUAGAGGAAAGGAACUUUAUAUGGUUCUGGAGAAAGGGAGUGAGACCCUUCUGUUUGCUGCUGAUGCUACUGAGAAGUUCAGUGAGAGGUACUGCAAUGGUGCAUUUUCCUUGGACUAGGCAACAGUUAAGACAGACACAUUCUAUAGAUGAAUGCUUAAUGUAUCAAAAAAGAGAAGUAGAGCUCUAAGAGAUUGAUGUUUGUGUAGUUUAUUAAUCCAUAGAGAAUCUACUUUUAUGAAUAUUUUUCAUUAUCUCCAUUUUCAAGUGAUUUUUUUUGGAUCUGUUAA